UUCUGAUUGGCUCUGAGAUGCAAAAGGAACAGCAUGAGGUACUUGAGCUGGGGGGACCCCAUGGUUCUGCUCCCACGAUGACCACAGCCACCAUGAUCAGUAUGCCCAGUGACAUCCCCCUGCCUGACCACGUGGUCUGGUCCUUCUUCAACACGCUCUUCAUGAACACCUGCUGCCUGGGCUUCAUCGCCUAUGUCUACUCUGUGAAGUCUAGGGACAGGAAGGUGAUGGGUGACAUGGUUGGUGCCCAGAACUAUGCCUCUACUGCCAAAUGCCUGAACAUCUGCGCCUUGGUUGUCAAUAUCUUCUCUGCCCUUGUCCUCAUCAUCAUUUUCGCCUCUUACUAUGCAGCAGCCAUGCAAGCGUUCACCAGAACGACGAAUCCUUAGCGUGUCUAGCCCAUCCGUGUCCUUCACUCUCCACAUCUGGCCCCUCACCUGGUGCCUGAUCCCCAACCCAUCACAGCAUGCUUUGCAGCCAUGUCCACUCACACAUGGCCUGUGGUAGGAUCAAUAAAGUGUACACGAUUCUGA